UACACCGCUAAGUAUCUCACCGCUAGUGGGCUGCCUUGUUGCUGCUGUAUGCGCUAGCAGCGUCGUUGCUGCCGCAGUUGUCAGGGGAAUGGCGUCCCUAGAAUGUGGUCUCCUGCAGUUUCACUUCCAGAUGCGUAACCGUGGAACUUGCCAAAUAAACCCAAGUUCAGGAUUACAGCAAGGAUUUUGAGGAGCACGACUUUCAAAAUGGUGUUUCGGCACCGCCGCGCGCGGGAUACAAGAUGCUGCGCAACUCCUGUACUCACGCGUCUCGAUGUAAACAAUGACAUCUGCUGAGUAAACCGGAGCGUAUCAUGCUGCCACAACAAGGACAGUGACAAAUUUACAGACAACAGCAAUGAUUUGACGUUUUACACGGUUGUUUAAAUCAGAUGGUGAUGUUAUGUUGUUGUAGGUUGGCGUAGUUCAUCAUCUUUAAUGAUUAAUCUCGCAGGCUUUUAUCAAGUUUGCUACUGAUGCCCUGACACAGUGACGUCUGUUUUAAUGCGCGUGAUCUGUCAAUCGACGGGGCGGACGGGCAAACCUCGACUACUGUCGGUUUUUUGUGGAUUUUUACUGAUUUUUAAAUUGUGGAUUUGAAACACAAUGCAAGUGUUGUCAAGUUAGAGGCUGUCAAAAUGAUAGCAACACAGGAGAACACUGAGCAAGAUGAUGCCGCAUCAUCAUCAUCAUCACCACCACCGGCAGCCCACUCGCUGCCCCGUCAGCGAGUCUCUCUGAAGAAGAGCAGCGUGUGCUCGCGCUCAUACUUCAUGGUGGUCAUGGUCUUCUUUCACGUGUACAUCAUCAAUGUCAUCGCACUUCUGCUAUAUGUUCAUUAUAAUAACGGAUCCACAACGAGCGUGCCAAACCAGGAUUAUAGCAGUACAGGCAGCAGUCCUAAAGUUUCCGCAGCGUCGGAUGCGCAGACCCCUGCAGACUCAGGAUUCCCUAGACUCAGUAUACCUCGCAUUGAAGGGAUACGGGUGGGCCAUGUCCAAAAAGUGUCUCUGGUGCCAGGCAAAGUCCAUGAGAUGAAGACACUCAGUCUUAAGCCCCUGCUGUUUGAGAUCCCUAAUUUUCUGUCAGCGGAGGAAUGUGGUGUAAUUGUGCGACUGGCUCAGCUUAAGGGUUUGAUGGAGAGCCAGGUAAUGGUUCCUGAAGGUCAGGAGGAGCUUAACCAGCAGCUUAACCUUAGUCCAGAAGAAAUCUUUAAUUUCCUUGACCUCAACCAAGAUGGCCAGCUGCAACCUCAUGAGAUAUUGACACACUCUCGAGUGAGAGAUGGAAUCUGGUUAACUUCUGAAAACCUCAAGGAAAUCUAUGAUGGCCUAAAAGUUGAUCUGGAUGGAAAUGGUCUGUUGAGCCUAGAGGAGUUUGGACGUCUAAGAAGCGAUGCCUUUCAGCGUUUUCUGCUGCAGCGUGGAGUGGAAAGGAGCCAGCUGGUGAGGAACAGCAGACACACUUGGCUCUACCAGGGCCAGGGCGCACAUCAGGUUCUUCAAGAUCUCCGUAAAAGAGUCACUCGUUUAACACGACUGCCAUCAUCCCUGGUGGAGUUAAGUGAGCCGCUACAAGUGGUGCGCUAUGAAGAGGGAGGUCAUUACCACGCUCAUCAUGAUAGCGGACCAGUGUAUCCCGAAACAGCCUGUACACACACUCGCCUCGCUGCCAACACAACCUCCCCAUUCCAGACUUCCUGUAGGUAUAUCACCGUUCUGUUUUACCUUAACAAUGUUGAAGAAGGAGGGGAAACCACCUUUCCAGUGGCUGAUAACAGGACAUACGAAGAAGCGUCAUUAAUACAGAAUGAUGUAGAUUUGUUGGACACCAGGAAACACUGUGAUAAGGGUAACUUGAGAGUGAAGCCUACUAAAGGGACAGCAGUUUUCUGGUACAAUUACCUCUCCGAUGGCAGAGGUUGGGUGGGUGAACAGGAUGAAUAUUCUCUACAUGGCGGCUGUGUGGUGACCCGAGGGACCAAGUGGGUCGCCAAUAAUUGGAUCAAUGUAGAUCCAGUUUACCAGCGGCAGGCACUAUACCAACAAUUUGUUUCUCAACAACAAGAAAUGCAGGAGCAAGAAGAAAUCAUUUCAGACCAGCACACAGAAACGCACCAAGACUUGUAAACAUGUAUGCACACACAUUCACUUCAUGAUCAUGAUGUACAGUACUGUAAAGUAUGGAUCAAUCGGUUAAACACUACACACAUACUUAGUUAGCACUAUACUUUCCAAAGCAUUUAAACAUACUGACCUCAUUCACAGACAAAUUUGCACAAAGAUAUACACAUCUUUUGUCUUCACGCACUUACACACAUAAUAAUGUAGCUCUACCAAUAAUAUACAUCUCCUCAUAGUUUUGAAUUGAAUGAGGCUCCCAACCUCCAGUGGUCCAGGCGUCUGAACUGGAAUUUUUUGUGUUGGGUUGAAUUCAGGGAUAAAGAGAGCUUUAUGCAAUUGUGAAAGACAAUGCUACUAUUCCUACUGUAGAUUUGAAGGUAAAAUAGUGUAUUUGUCAUGGGAAUGCAGCCAUAUUUGAUAACUUUGUUUACAUACAGUAUUUGCACUCUACUGUAAAUCCCAAAGGCCAUGUACACACUGCGACUAAAUAUGAUUGGCACUUAUUUUUGUUGAUGACCGUUUACACUGCAACGGCAAAUGCGCAGUGAUGCAACUUUGCGGUGUGUAUGUGGCCAAAAAGUGUAAGAAAUAGUCCAAUCGUUUCUACUGAAGAAUUUCUUGCAUUUAAAUCACCAAACAUUUUUGAGAAAAUAAUCUAAGGAUGUGCUCAGCAUUAGUUAGUUGUAGUAUUACUAGCUUAAAGAUAUUUUCUGGAUUAAAUACAACUUAAGAUCUAUGACCAUGAUUUUAUUCUAUGCUGUUUUAUAGAAGAAGUGGUGAAUGUAGAACACCUUGAAAUUCGAAAAGUUCACAAUUCAUAAAAAACAACAAAAGUUAGGUUAGUAGUUUAACUAAAAUAUAAGUGUAACAUAUCUGUGUCUAUAGUGUUUAUAAGUUUGCAUUAACAUGUAAUCAAAUAUGAAAUAAAGCAUAUUUGGCUUGCUGUCCGAGGGGAGGGCUCCAAGUUCGGAAUAUCGGCCCGAACCCAGAGUACUGCUCCCCUUCUUAACUGGGAGAGAAGAAAAAAGAGUGAAGCGAUGGGGUGGAGGAGGGGUGCUGCAAAAAGCUGUCACAGGACAGAGGUGAGGGACGCCCAUAUAUAGAGACUUUGUAUGUGCUGAGGGGUUGGAUUACAUGACCAUGCUCCUCCCAAACUUAAAGUGAUAGUUCGCCCAUAAAAUUUAAUUUUGACAUAAUUUUUUCAUCUAAAUGUUUUUUUCGAUGAACACAAAAGGAGAUAUUUUUAUAAAUGAUGGUAAGCACACAGCUGAUUGUUACCAUUUACUUCAAUAGUAGAAAAUAAAUAUUAUGGAAGUAUUUUGAUAAAUGAUGUAAGCACACAGUUGACGGUACUCAUUGAAUUCCAAUUGGUUUUCAUCUUUAUCAAAAUAAAUUUUUUUGUGUUCAUCAGAAAAAAGAAAUUCAUACAGAUUUAGAACAACAUGAGGAUGAGAAAAUUAUGACAGAAUUUUCAUUUUUGGGUGAACUUACCCUUUAAGUAAACUUCAUUUAUAGCCUCAUAGACAUCUGUUGCAAUUGCAUUACACUAAAAAACAUUUUUCUUUGGCUGGACUAAUGGACAAGCAUUCAAAUACAUACAACUCUUACAUUUUAAAAACAUGUAUUUAAUCCAGAAUAUUUCUUUAUUUAGUAACCAAUUAUUAUUAAUAUGAGAGUUAAAGCCUUCAUUUCCACCUGAUGUUUCUCAAAUGUCUUCCCCUUUUAGAUGCGUAUAUAGAGAAGCAUGUUAAACUUGCACAAACUUGUAAGAUUAUGUUGGAUUUUAUGAAUUUAUUUUGUAAUGUGUUAGUAGUUAGUUGUUGUAUUUUAAUUGCAUCCCAAAAAAUCAGACUGAACUUAUUUAUUUGGUUAUUUGUCGUUAUUUGUAAUCAUGUUGCACAAAAUCACUUUCCUGAAUAAAAUAUUUAACCUGA